AAAUCGGAAUAUAUUUUAAUCAAUAAUAAAAUUAUGGCAAACAUUACUGCAAAUGAGUUGUUUGAAAAGAUUAUUAAUGAAGGAAGUCAGAUUAUAAACAAAUAUGACUUUAAUCUAUUUAGCAAUUUUGAGAAAAUUGCCAAAAUCCCGUUUGGGGCCGUAUGCACCGCGAAAUGGAAAGAUUCUACUAUUGUUCUUAAAAGCUUAAACAUUGAUGCCGAUGAAAUUAUUAGCAAUGGAAUUAUUGCGGAUUUCAAAUUAAUUACUAUUCCCAAUGAAGCAAUUAAAGCUAUUUCCAAUGAAACCAUUACCAAUGACGGUAUUAACAGUGAAAUAACAAAUGAAACAUCUAUUAGAGCAUUUAUUAACGAGCUUCAGAAUCUUGCUAAAAUUGACAAACAUAAACAUCCAAAUAUCAUCCAAUUUUAUGGGGUUACAAAAGCUGAUGAUAUGACUCUUUUUGUUGAUAAAUUAUCUUCGACCUUUAGUAAACUAUUUAACAAAGGUAGAUCAGUAAGUGAUAUAAUUAUCAGUUCCAUAUCUGAAGAUCUUAAAACCGACGAGGAAGUUUUUAAUUGGUUAUUUGCACAUAAAUAUAAUCCAAAAUAUACUUGUCUACUUGGAUUAUUUUAUAGUUGGGAAAUUGGCACAAAAAAUGAAAACGUCGAUGUAUUUAGUCUAUUUCUUAAGGCAGCAAAUUCAAACGAUAUUUUUGCUCAAUAUUUUGUUGGACAAUGUUAUGAAACUGGUUGGAACAUUAGAAAGAAUAUGAAACAGGCAAUUAAAUGGUAUACCAAGGCGAGCGAAGGUGGAUGUACAAUCGCUGAAUAUAUGCUUGGUGAAUAUUAUUAUAAACUUAAUAAAUAUAAAAAGGCAAUUAAUUAUCUCAAAAGCGCGGCUGAUAAAGGAAACGCAUUAGCGAUGAAUACAUUAGGAAUAUGUUACCAAAAAGGUUACGGAACGAAUGUUGAUAAGGUUAAAGGAUUUAAGUUAUUCGAAAAAGCAGCUAAAGAGGGUCUACCUGCUUCACAAUAUGAACUUGGAGAUUGUUAUGAGUACGGCAAUGGGACAAAAAUAAAUUUGAGGAAGUCAUUAGAUUGGUAUAAAGAGGCUUCAGAAAAAAAUCCUAAUUACCGGAUUCAUGCAAUACGUGUCCGUAAUAGAUUAAAUAACAAAAAACAAAAAUAA